AUGAAUUUGAAAACAUUAUUAACCUUGCAUCCAAAAAAUCUCUUAAAAAUCAAAAAGAAGAAAUAUAGACGAAAAAUUAAUAAUGUUGCAAACAAAAAAUGGUUUGAUAAAGAUUGUAGAUUUAAAAGACACCAGCUUAGAAAACUUGCAAAACAUAGAGAUCCAAACAACACUGAAAUUAGAAGUGCAUACCAUACUGCUUUGAAAGACUAUAAAAGCACUUUAGAAAUAAAAAAGAAAAAUUUCCAUUUCGAUAAAAUCCAAGAAAUUGAAAAUGCUAGCAACGAUCCACUGCUAUUUUGGAAAACAUUAAAAAAUAUCAGUGACGAUCUUGAUUUUAAUGAAACUAAGAAAAGCCCACAACCAAGUGAAUGGCUGAAUCACUUUGAAACACUUCAUUCAGAACAUCAAUUAAACAAGGAACAAAACGAAAUCGUUGAAUGCCUGAAAAACUAUGAAAAAAUCAAAGACAACUUAACCGAACUUGAUUACAUCAUCACAGAAGAUGAACUACUAAAAGCAGCUAAAAAGUUAAAAUCUAAAAAGGCUGUCUAUAACGACAAAAUCAGAAACGAAAUGAUUAAAUCUAGUAUUGGAAUUCUCUCUAAAGCUUUUCUAAAAAUUUUUAACAACAUCUUAACAUCGGGGAAGUUUCCUGAAUCAUGGACCGAAGGCUUAAUAACCCCGAUCCAUAAAUCAGGAAACUCCCUCGAUCCAAACAACUACCGAGGUAUUUGUGUCUCAAGCUGCAUGGGCAAAUUAUUUUGCUCAAUUUUGAAUAAUAGAUUGAUGAAUUUCGCAAACGAAAAGCAAUUAAUUCACCCAACUCAAAUUGGAUUCAUGCCUGGAAAUAGAACGGCUGACCAUAUUCUUACGCUGAAAACUCUGCAUGAUAAAUAUGUCAAACAGAGAGAAAAAGAAAAAAUCUAUGCAUGUUUUGUUGACUUUAGAAAAGCUUUUGAUUCUGUUUGGCAACAAGGCUUAUUUUACCAACUUAUCAAAAACAACAUAGGGGGACACUUCUACGAUUUAAUUCAAGACCUCUACUCAAACACGAAAUGUGCAAUAAAACUAUCUGAAAACAGAACACCGUUUUUUCCUUACAAAAAGGGAGUCCGUCAAGGAUGCAUUUUAAGCCCUUUAUUAUUUAAUAUUUACAUAAACGAUCUUCCAAAAAUGUUUCAACAAACACAAUCAGAUCCAUUUCUAUUACCAAAUGGAACUACUAUCAACAGCCUACUCUAUGCGGAUGAUCUCAUUAUACUUUCACGAUCAAAAUCAGGUUUACAAAACUGUCUAAACCAAAUAAAUGAAUGGUGUAGUAAAUGGCUAAUGGAAGUCAAUAUCAAGAAAACAAAAAUUAUGAUUUUUCAAAAACACAACUCGAAAUUACCAAACCUUCAUUUCCACAUUGGAGAUAAAAAGAUAGAUAUAAUCAAAGAGUAUACCUAUCUUGGUCUCAAACUAGUACCAAAUGGGAAAUUUAAACUCGCACAACAACAACUAAGCGAAAAAGCCUUGCAUGCUCUUUAUAAAAUUCGUAAAAAUCUAGAUUUUCAUAAACUUUCACCAAAAACAGCAACAAAAAUUUUCGACUCAAUAAUUUCCCCAAUUCUACUAUAUAACUCAGAAGUCUGGGGAGCAUACGAAAAAAAUGAUCUGAAUAAAUGGGAUAAUUCAGAAACUGAAAAAAUUCAUUUAAGAUUCUGCAAGCUAUACCUAGGUGUUAACAGAAGAGCCAGUAACGUGGCUUGCAGAAGUGAACUUGGGAAAUACCCACUGCUGAUUACAAUAAAAAAGAAUAUACUAAACUAUUUUAAACAUAUUUUUAAACUAGACGACAACUCAAUAGUUAAACAAUCCUUCCUAAUGUCUAAACAACUAUUUGAAAAAGGCAAAGAAUCUUUCUACACCAACGCAAUAAACAUGCUUAAUUAA